UCUGAGUUUAUCAGGAGGAGGCUGGACUUCCUGUUGUGGGCACUGAGUAGCUGUUCCCUAUUUAAGUUUCCACCGCUCUUCUUCGCUCCAACGACUGCUAAGCGAGAUGCAUGUGUCCGUGCAGUUGCUGUUACUACUGUUGGGCUUGUUGGCUGCAGUGAGGGGCGAUUCGUUAGCCCCGCGUUUUAACGUGAGCCUGGACGUGACGCCCAGCCAGCGCUGGGAACCGGUGCUCCGAAAAUACGACGCUGCCCAGCUGAGGAAUUACACGCAACAAAUCGUCAGCUCUGUUGUUCCAAAAUGGGUGACUAAUGUUAUUAACUGGCUAGCACCCAUACUGAAGUAUUUAUUACCAGAGCCCUAUCGAGGAGAAAUCGAAGGAAUCUGUAAAUUCCUUGGUGUAAAUCUUGGAGAAGGACUUCUUAUCAAUCUUGCCUAUGAAGCUUCUGGAUAUUGCACCAGUAUUGUCGCACAAGACUCAACAGGAAAGAUUUACCACGGUAGAAAUAUGGACUACGCAUUUACUGAUAUUUUAACGGCCAUCACAAUUGACGUGCAAUUUGUAAGCAGUGGUCAGAUUGUUUACACAGGGACAACAUUCCUUGGUUUUGUAGGUUUAUGGACUGGGCAAAAACCAAAUAAGUUUUCCAUUACAGCAAACGAAAGAGCUAAAGGUAUGGGGUGGAAUAUUGCAAUUGCUAGUUUUCUGAAGAGAAAUCGUUCUCCCAGCUGGGUGAUUAGAGAUACUCUUAGAGAAGCUGUGGACUUUCAAGCUGCAUUACAGAAGUUGUCCUAUUCUCCCAUUACUGCAAAUGUGUACUUCAUAUUAGGUGGUGUCAAGCUGAAUGAAGGUGUCAUUAUUACAAGGGAACCUGAAAGGCCUAUUGAUAUCUGGCCUUUGAAGUCUACUAAAGGACAAUGGUACAGGGUAGCGACGAACUAUGAUCAUUGGAGACCUCCACCUCCAUGGGAUGACAGAAGGACACCAGCCAUUUGUGUUCUAAAUGCUACAACACAAAAGAACAUCAAUCUAAAUACAAUUUUCAAGGUUCUUUCAAUCCAUCCGGUGUUAAAUAAGCGUACAAUCUAUACAACUUUAAUAUGUGCUGCACAGCCCAAGGACUAUAAGACAGUGAUUUGGAAACAACCUGAGCAGAAUAAUUGGAAUUUUACUGCAAUCAAUGAACAAAAUGAAGAUAGCACUGCUGGCCCAAAUUAGGACAAAAGACUGCCGAGGAAUAUCAAGAUGGUCUUUGUCAAAAAGUCUGCUUAAUGUGAUUUUCUUUGGAUAAUGUUGCUUUUGCAUUCCAUAUCCAUGCCUUUGGGAUUACCCUGCUCAGUACCAAAUGUUUAACCAGGCUUAUCAGUUGGAAAUCAGCUCAUCUGCUUAUUAAUUUUUAAGAGAUUUCUGCUCACUUUAAUUAUGUAAACAAAGUAUUCUAAAAUGACAUUUUUUCUCUAAUUAACAGAUGUUCACAGAGGCAGAUUUGGAAUUAAAAUAUUAAUACUGCCAGAUUACUAGUAUUGACAGUAAUUCACAGAAUUACCAAAGCCAGAUCAGCUGGAAGAUACAUUGUUUCAAUGAACAAUUUUAUUAAAUGUGAGCAUCUAAAGGAUGUGUAGUAAACUAUGAAAAGAAUUCAGUUUCUGCAAUGUCCACAGUAAUAUUUAGGUGAUAACUUUCAGUUCACUAAAAACAAGCUGUAAAACUGAAAAGUUUGACAGAGAAGUAGCAGACACAUAAUAGCAAACAAAAUGUCACUUUUUCUAAAAUAUCUAUCUUUUUGUAGAGAAGUUUGAUUAUCCAUCAUGUGGUAACUUGGACAGGUGCCAGGUUCCAGCCACUCCCUUGCCAAUAUCCUGCCAUUCCUUAAGCUCCAUGGAUUGGGACACACAUUUGGAGGUGUCCUGUCUUCAACACCUCAGUGUUAUUUCUUCACUGGCUUGGUUGCUUCCAUGACACUGCCCAGUGUUGGCUUAGGUAAUCCCUCUGAUCUGUCCAACAGCCCAAAGCUGGCUGAAUAGCUGGUUACUGAAAUUUGACUGCAUGAAAGAACAAACAUUCCAUAGCACUACUGGGAUAUGUACAUGCUGAACAUGAUUUGCUGGCAGCCAUAGGCUUAUCACACAAACCAGUCAGAAUUCUUUCAGCCUAGCUGAUCUGUAUGAUUUAUGAUCCAAAGACCACUUUUAAGGUGUAGUCUAUACUUUGGCAGUGCAUUUGUAACUAUUGAUGACCAAGAAUGGGGUCAACUAGACAAAAGGAUCAUGAACUUACCAUGCACAACAAUGGCACUUGAAAGACAUGUAAGGUGAGCAGCUUUAACCUACUAUUGCCUGAACAAAUCACAAUUGUGGUGUUCUGUUUCUGAUCAACUUGAUUCAAAUGCCAUUGAAUGCAGUGAACACAGCACAACCUUUCCUCAAUGAUUGCUUCAUAGUUGUAAAGGCAACGGACUGGAACAUCAGAAUUAUCCAUUUCUUAGCGGUCCUGUUCAAGGACCGUGGUAUUUGCUUGCAAAUAUGAGCACCCAGGAUUGUGACAUUUUCAAACCAGCCAGUAGCUAUUCCCAAUUUCCUACAUGGGAGCUAAAUGACAGAACAAAGGCAAAACCACCUGCUCACUGCAUCAGGAGCCAUUUGACCAAUUGUGGCACUGAAGAAUGCUAGGAUCAAUAGGGGUUAAAGAACAAAUGGGAGGUAUUGGGUACAAUGGAAGGUAAAUCUUCACACAGUAUUUUACUCUAUAAUGAAGUAACCUGUGGCACAACUAGACUCACAGUUGAAUGUUGGCUGACAAAACAAUAAUUUGGGCAAUCUUUGAAAAAGACACAAGUGCUGACAGGGAAUUCAUCGCUCAGUUGUAAAAGGAAGAUUUAACCACUCCUUGCUAAGGGAGGAUCUGAGUCUCUUCUACUUCUCUGUUGACAGUAACAUUUUGUUGGUAAAUAGAAGUUGUCAGGUCUCACCCAGUUUUCCAGGUUCAUGUUUUCUCUGAAGCAUCAGAAGUUGAGGGGACAUAUGAUAGAGGUUUACAAGAUUAUGUGAGGCACAAAUAGAGUGAACAGAGAGUAUCCGUUUCCCUGGAUUGAAAUGUCUAAUACCAGAGGGCAUGCAUUGAAGGUGAGGGGGUAGGUUUCAGGGGAAUGUGAGGGGCAUGUUUUUUUUUCACUCAGAAAGUUGUGGAUGCCUGGAAUGCACUGUCUGUUAUGGUGGUAGGGGUAAACACAUUAGAGGUUUUUAAGAAUUGUUUGGAUAGGCACAUGAAUGUAAAGAGGAUGGAGGGAUGUGGACAUGGUGUAGUUAGGAGGGAUUAGUGUUUGGGUGUUUUUGAUUUGCUUUUUAGCUGGUUCAGCAUAACAUUGUCUGAAUGGCCCAUUCUGUGCCAUUCUUGUGUAGUAUGUUUGUAGAGUAUAAUUACCAUUAUAUCUGAAUAUGUCAUAAAUAGCAAGUUCCAGUACAAGUAAGCCUUUUGUCAGCCAAUAGUCAACAGUGUCCAUGUCUAGUUAUAGAUUUCUUAUAUAAAAUUUGUACACAGUUCUUUGCAAGUUUUGUACAUUGAUUCAUGUAAAAUUUGUACAUUGAUUCAUGUAAAAUAGCAAAGGUAUGGUUAAAGGAAUAUCUUAAAAAGCAGAGAUAUAGCAACGUGAAUGAAAUUUUGAAGACAAUUUCAGGACUUGCUGAACAAUUUAAACGGGACAAUAAAGGCACUAAGUAAAAAGAUGAGGGUUUCAGCAGAAGCUGAGCUGAAAAAGGGCUCUUACAGCUGCAGAAAUCAAUUCCAAUAUGAAAUACUAAUUAUCUGAAUAAUUCUUAAUUUUUUUUCAAAAAAAGAGUCUAAAAAGAUUAAACACAAGAAACAAUCUGCAGUGUUGUAUUAGCCAGUCAUUAGAUCCAGACUUUCUCUUGGCAAGGAGGAAUUAUACUACUGAUGUUAUCAUGUUUUCUUUUCUUUUCUGUCAUUAUCAUUAUGUCUGAUUUUACUGUUGAUGCAUAAAUAAAUCAUACUUUUCUGCAACA